CGCUUGCAGCUCCCAGGCAGCCUGAGAAUACUAUUCGUCCUGCCGGGUCAUGAUAACAUAGCUACAUACAAGGUGGUCCGUUUUUAUUUACACACAACAUAGCAUCGACACAGUUAUAACAGUAAGGCCAGUAAACACUUUUUUCAUGUUACCAGAUUCACGUAGCCUACAGCUCUACAUUUCGUCUUGCUUCCCUCCAUACCUGCACGCGCGUGCGUCCAGCACCAGCCGUGUUUAAACCGCGAACGGACACGAGCGGCGCGCUCACGGCGGCCGCCGAUAGGCUGGUUCCCUGAAGCCUCAGACGUCUGUGUACAGGAAAGAGUUUCGUUUCCACGGAGCUCCCCGCCUCUAAUCAGUCAAUGCUACCAGGAAAUAAUUAAUACACCGUUCACAAACGGAACAAGCACAUUAGAAACUGACAGAAGAGCCUUUCGGAUAACAUGUCGGCUACUAUUUGUGCCUUUCUCCUGACGUUUUCAGCACUACGCGGACCCACAGUGGUAUCAGGAGCCCUCAACAGACCCACAAAUGUCCGCUUGACGUCCUAUAACAUGAAUCUGGUGCUGAGAUGGGAUUCACCUGCAGGGGCAGCCAGCAGCCUGGUCUACACAACUGGUUCCUCAGUCACAGCCUACAGAGUGGGCUGUGUGAAUAUCUCCCGCCUUGAAUGUGACUUCACCCGCCUCAACAUCUCCAUCAGUGAGUACGGAAAGUAUACAGGCAGAGUGCGGGCGCAGUUGGGGGCAGAGAGCUCCGCCUGGGUGGAAAGUAACCAGAUUACCUUGGACAAAGAUACCAUCAUCGGUUCACCCAAUGUCUCUCUCUUCACCAAUGGGGCUACUAUCGAUGUCAGCAUUAAAGAUCCUGUGUUCAAGAUCUCAGCGCUCAGGAAUGUUUACAACUACGCCACCUACAACAUCACCUACUGGAAGGAUGGCCAGAAGGAAAAGGCCAGAAGCAUCAGCAACAUACAGCAAAACCGGGUGGUACUGAAUGACCUGGACCUCUGGACCAAGUACUGCGUCCAAGUCCAAAUCAACACAGAGAGGAACCCCAACCCCAGCAAGCCCAGCAGAGCUGUCUGUGAGAGCACCACCAACGAAAAAGGGGCUCCAUGGGUGGCAGCCGUCGUGACGUUUGUCAUCAUGGCAAUGGCAGUGGCUCUGGUGGUGGUUGCAGUGGUGUAUCGGAAAUGUAUAUCCCACUUUCUCUGCCCAAAAGAUUCCCUGCCUCAGCACUUUAAAGAGUACCUGCUGGCACCCCCCAGCUCACCCAUGUACCUAGCCAUGCGGAACUCCCACCCACCUGAGGAGAUCUACCACCAGGUCAGCAUCAUCGCACACGACAGGCCUGUGGAGGAAGGGAGCCCUCUGGAGGCAGCAGGGCCGCCACAGUGGGGAAGCGAUAGUGGGAAGAGGGACAGGCUGAAAAGCACAGAAGCAAUGAGGAAGAGCUGAUCUGCAGGCUGCAGUCAGUUGGGACUGUUUUAUCACUGAUUAUCAGCAGAGGCGACUUUACACUGAGACACUGAGAAACAGUGAAAGUGCUUGACUCAGUUUGAACGCUACAAAUGCUGCAGCAGUCCCAUAUUAUUCCUUGGAGCAGGUGCUACUGUGAAGUGAUUGUAUGGAAGAGCCACAGAGACGUGUAGGUACAGGAUUGAUACGUCAUCCAAGUGAAGUUAUUUUUGUGCUGUACAGUCCUAAUGUUGCUCUCAGUAUUACCACAUACUGUACUUAACUGAAGGAGCGUGGCAUGCCUCAUUGGAGCUGACCACACUAAAGUAUUUAUGCUGCCAUGGUGCUAUAAGAUGCCCAUCCACCAUUUUCUGUGUAUAAUUCUGUAUUAAAGUAUGGAUGUGGACUUAAAAAAACUACAUAAUCUGCCAUUUAAUGGGCACAUUUUGUAGUUUUAAUUGCCUGAUUGUGGCAAUAUGAAGGUUUUCUUAAUGAACAGGAAUUCUGAAUUCAGUGGGGACAGUUCAGAGAAGCUAGAACUGAAAGCGUGUUUGUCCUGGUCUCUCUCAGUUAGUCGUGUGCUGGUAGAAGAAACAAGGCAAAGCUAACACAAUGUCCAGCUCAAAGGUUUACACAUUCAUCUUGUCCUGAGAAAAUGUGCUACGAGUUGGUGUGUCUCUGUUGGUUUAGUUUUAUUCUGACAUCAAACAAAAUGUACAUAACUUAGUAAAGGUGUACAUAACAUGGAAUGCAAAUAAAUGACCUGUACUGCAUAAACAUUAGGAAAAAAUGUGUCAUAAUAUAAUUUGCUCGACCUGUUUUCUUUAAACUUGAAGACCCCCCUCCUAAAAUGUUAUAAGACAUAUAAACAUACAAACUCUGGUUUGAAUAAUGA